AUGCCUCUUGACGAACAGGCAGUCGAACAAUCUACUGAUAGCAUCUUCAACACUUUGCGUUGUGCGGAACACAUGUCGCCUCACAUCUAUAAAACCUCUCGCCGACCCGGAUGCAAAGCAUUUGCAAACAUCCCAAACCCUUCACUUGGGAACGGUUACAUAAUUCCCGAUGAACAUACAAGCGAUAGAAGACUUAGCAUCCCGUUGACUUGUCGAGUUGAGGGCACACCGCACAUCAAACUAUCGGUUCCAAUCCUAGGCUUAUCCACUGUCAAGGCGGAUCACCAAGUAUCGAAGAAAGAUCAAAGCAAGCUACAUCCAACAUGGAUCAGCAAGCCAAGAAGAGGAAGCAUCAGGAAGUCUCAGCGGAAAACGGGCGGUACGGUCCGUAUGGCACAGGCGAAAACACCUCCUCAAGAUUUUCAGAUUGGUUCAAACCUUUUUCAAUCCUUCGGACUCGUGUCGGGCGAAAAAGAUUCAAGCGCCAUACUUCAUGGCACAAGGAAGAGGAAGAGGAAGAGAAAAGGACGCGACUGUCUUCGACCUGCAGCGAAACACCUUCAAUCCUGA